UGAUCUUAACUUUUGGACUAUUUCCUUUGUUCCUAUUCUUGUUGGGGUGUUUAAUGUCCUCAUUACAGAUGAUCGUUUCGCGGUGCUUGACUCUUCCCUCCAUUUCUUUGUUAAUCCUGACACUUAUUAUUGUUGUUGAUGAAGGGCCAAUGCAUCCAGCUGUUUCUAUUGUAUCAUGGAUGGAUUAUGUGAAUGAAUUUGUGGCUGGGACAAGGGCUAUGGCUCUGAUACUUCCUAAAGAUGCCUUGGGGAAUACUAUUCCCUCAACAAAUGCAGAAUUAAGUUCAUAUAUCUUUGAUGUUUCUGAAUCCUUCGUAAACAAUUCUGCUGCCAAUAGUCUCACUGUUACCUGCCUCGGAUGGAAUAAUCAUGGCUAUCUUCAGAUUGAGUUCAUUGCUUCAUCGGCUGGAGAUCUUUUGCUGCAUGUACAAAGGCGCAAUGAAACUUUGCGAGGAUCUCCCCUCCCCUUUGUAGUUCAUCCAGGACCAAUUCAUGUCUCCAAGUGUGUGGGAAAGUGGAAGUACGAUACAAACAUAGCACAGUAUCAAUCUCAAAUGGAAAUGUUCAUUUAUCAGCUGGAUAUUUAUGGAAACCUAGUUUCAGACUUAUAUUCAUUUGACGCAGAGAUUGUUGAGAAGAGUACAAAAUUAUCCAUGCCUGUACCAGAUCUCAAUUUCAGAGUAUCUUCCCCAGGAGUCCAAUUACUUUCAUUCACUGCUCUGGAGCCGGGAAACUUUCUACUCACAGUAUAUGAUGCAAAGCAUAACACAAGCAUCUCCAAUACACCUUAUGAGUUUAUUGUUUCUAUUGAUAACUGCGAUGGGUCCAAAAGCAUCAUCAAUGGAUCCGGUUUGAACAUUACAGUUGCUGGACAAGAAGCAAGAUUUUCAGUUCAUCUAAUAGAUGCGUAUCAAUAUCCCUGUCCAGUUGAAAUGAGAAUGCUUCAAGUACAAAUUGCAUGGAUGACAGACUCAUAUAUGGUGCUGCCUAAAAUCUAUCCUCUUGAGGAGUUAAAUGGGAGUAGGUCUGUGCAGCACUUGACACAUAAUGCUGUGAGUCCCGUUGAAGAUUUUCUUAGUCCAUCAGUUGACCACAGAAAUAGUUCUAUAGGUACCGAGCCUGUUGUGGCACAUGCAUAUGGUGUACUAUAUACACCUGAAAAAAGUGGACUCUAUGGAAUUCUUGUUUUGUGUGGAAAUAUUCCAUUAACUGGAGGUCAGGUGCUGAAGAAGGAAGUGAAAUCAGGUGAGGUUAAUAUGUCAUUGUCAAGCGUCGUGAAAUAUGAACCCAAAGUACAGAAGUUAGUGAGGAACGAGGUCAUCAUUCAGGUUAUGGAUUCAUUUUACAACCCAGUUUUGUCACAGCAAUCAAAGCUAAAAGUGGAGAUUGGUUCUAUAAACCACUCUGACUUUGUAACCUGGAUGUUUGUGGACAACAACAAUGGAUCAUAUACAGGACAGUAUCAGAUUAAUGACACAGGCACCUUUGAACUAUGUGCAACAUUUAAUGGAAACAAGUUCUUACCUUGUCCGUUCGGGGUCAAUGUAUACAACAGUGAUUAUUUUCCUAAAGCUCAUGAUGACUCAAUAUCUGUAUGGGAGGACGAAUCAAUUUCUUUCAGUGUUCUUGAAAAUGAUUACUUUGCUGGUGAAAACGCUACAGUUAUUGGAUUUUCCACUCCACUUUCUGGUUCUGUGCUGCAGAGUGGACUCCUUUUCAGAUAUACACCUUACAAAGGAUUUUAUGGAAAUGAUUCUUUCUCAUACACAAUAUGUGACCUUAAUGGGAAUUCUGCUACUGCUUCCGUAUUCAUUGCAGUACUUAGCAUCCCACCUCAGUUUUUUUCUUUGCCUACUUCGCUGAAGGGCAGUGAAGACGUCGUGUGUCCAAAAUUUGGUGGAUUCCAUGGUAUUGAGAUCGUAUAUCCUGAUUCACUGGAAAACGUCUCUGUAACAUUAAGUGCAAACUCCGGGACAGUUUCGCUUUCCCCGAUGAUGAUGCAAUUCUGGGAACCAAUUUGGAGCGGAUUGUCUGUUAGAAGAGAUGGUGAAGAAGCUAAGGCAUUGUCUCUGUCUGGCCAUGUGGAAGUCCUCAAUAUGGUUCUUCAGUCAAUGCAGUAUCUAGGAGAUGAAAACUUUUAUGGUGAGGACACAAUCAAAGUGUCGGCGAGGAACAAAAAUGGAGUUACUGAUUUGAAUGUCACAAUUUUUAUUGAACCUGUCAACGACCCUCCUUUUAUAAUCAUUCCUGAACACAUAAUCCUGGAGGAGAAUGAAGGCGGUGGAUCAGUGAUCUACGAGAAAACGAAUAGGUUUGAGAUUGGAGACCCAGAUCUGCUUCACUUUCCAGGGAACAAGUCCAGCUUUCUGAUUAUCUUUUCCAUGGAAGUAACUUCUGGAAUUUUAGAAGCCAUCCUACCUGUGGAACUUGUCAAUACCACAGAGCUGAAGCUAAAGAAUAGUUACCAAUGGCAGCCGCUUCAGACUUUUGUCACUAUAUCAGAUCACUUAGUGGUCAAGGCAAGAGGUUUGAGGUUUCAGGCAACAGUUGAUGACUGCAAUAAUAUACUAAAACAGCUAAUAUAUCACGAUACAGAAUAUGCUGCUAUAUUAACAAUAGUGAUAAAUGACAUGGGAAACUACGGAUGUUUUCCUGGUUGUGCAGAAAAUAUAUCAAAGCCUCUUCUUGCAGAGGUUAAUAUUAAUCUCAUCAAAAGAAAGCCACUGAAUUCUGGGGCAACACAUGACAUUGCAGGUGUGUGGACACUUGACACUUAAUUUUGAACCAAAAAGCAUUUAAAACUUCUAUGAGAUGGCUGAGUCCAACACCUAGACUCAAACUCGUGUGUUCAACAUUAGUAGCCAAGCUCAAGUGACUUGGGAUAAAAAUAAUGAGUUUUAAAGAUGAGUUGGCAAAUUGGGGACGAAUGUUUUCUCGUUUGUUCUAUGGUCGUCAUUUUUGUUCGUGUUGAAACAGGAUAUUUAGAGUCUGAAGUGGCUGCAAGCUCAAGAGAACCUCUUUGACCAUUUGCUGAAUUGUAUUGGUUUUAAAGCCCAAUUUCAAGAGACUCAAAUGAAAUCUAUGGCUAAGAAUGCUUGCACAAUGUGUAUACCUGCUCAGAUGUUCUAUCUCUUAUUUGCUAUUCAGCAACUUCACUGAGUGAUUUAACUUUCACAUAGUUCCUUGACUGAAUUAACCACUGAUCCAGGGUUUUGAAUUUGAACAUGUUUCACGCAACGAUAAAUGAUUAAGAAAGCUAAACAAACAGAACAGAACUUCUUGAAAUAAACAGAUCUUAAAUGGGCAUGGCAGAAGCAUCGAUGCAAAUCCAUCCAGAUCAAAGGAUGUCAUUAAUGAGUGUGUGUGUCUUUUGUUCAAGAAUCAAGGGUUACCUAUUAGUGUAGUGAUUACUGCAAUACAUCUUCCAUUUCCUUUUUUCUAUGCUUUGGGAACAUAACUAGGCCCUAAUGUUUCAGAGUUAAAUGGCUAUUCUUGUGUAGUUCUUAACACAAACUUGUUGUA